UCACCAACGACCCUCAGCUAACACUCAACACGCACACGCUGACAACAAGGGCAAAAUGACCCCCCCACCACUGGCAUGGACAGUACUGACCGUGUUUCUUUGGACGUCAGGUUCCAGCCGGAUCUUGCAACAAGAGUCGCCCCCCAUUCUCUACCCUGAACUCCUAAAAGCAGAGACUGUUUCUUGUCCUUGCCACAGCGAAAAUUGUGACUUUGUCUACUGGUUCCGCACUCUUUUCAAUGACGACAGCGUACAGUUCCUGGUUUCUUGCAAUUUGGCUGACCGCUGUACCCACGGCUCUGACAUUGUACAAAGCCGCUUCAAGGUCAGCAGUUCUAAAGGGUCUUUUUCGCUACGCAUCGCGGAUGUGACAAAGCAAGAUGCUGGGAUCUACUCCUGCGUUGUGAAGGUCAGGGGACAAGAGGAGGUGUGGAGGCCUGCGGCUGUUGUCCGACCUGGAGGUUUAAUAUUGAAAGAGAAAGCUCCAACAACAGUUAAGCCAACAACAAAGCGCAAACCCCCAGUCGUCCCUGUCUGUCGCUGCAGCAAGACCAAGAAACCCCAAGCCAAUUCAUGUGGCUCCAUGGUUUUGUGGCCGUUGGUUGGCCUCAUUGCUGUCCUGGCUGUAGUUCUCAUCGGCACUCUGUACUACUUCAGCCGGCUGCCCAAAAAGUGUCGACACAACUUUGUGAAGAAAAGACAUUUGACCAACAGCAACACAUCUGCGGCUUACACCUGACUCAGCCAGAUGUACGAUGGAGAUCGCUGCAAGGCGGGCCACAUGGAGGAUUUCGUCACUAAACAGAUGUGCUCUCCUGGCAGCAGUUCACGUCUGCCUUACAGUAAAAUGUGUGCAUAGCUGAAGACGAGUUUUAUGUUUCUACAGCACCAGUAGAACCAUGUAAUAUAUUUUGGCUGGUUUUUCAAUAAAAGUAUUACAAGAAAGGUUGAGCAGGGUUACAUUUUGACCGUGUACUGUAAAAUCCUGUUUGUAUUAAUAAUUUUGAUUGCUUUAUAUAGAAUAUUUACAUCUCUAUGUAAAUGAUGUUUAAAUUUUUGUUGAAACUUGUUCGAGAAUUCAUAUCAAAAUCCGUAUUACUUCAUAUUAAAGGUGCACUGAGAGUUUAUUUAAGUGAGAACCUUUUAUACUCCAUUUAUACGCAUAAACUAUCUUUGAGUGGACUGAUGAUGAGAGCCAUGCAGACUCAAUGAUCAAACUGCAUAUCUAUUUCUUUUUUUUUUCUUUUUUUUUUUCUUUUUUGAAUUACACAAUCAGUUUUCUAAAUGUAGAUACAAUGAGCAGUCGUGUCAGGGAAAUCAAAAAAAUC